CCAAAUUGUACUGCAACUGAGCGAGCCAUUGCACGACUUGCAACACACCCCGUCUUGAAACCCAGAUUUGUUGAACUUAAAGCUGCUGUAAAAGCUUUUCAUGAUGCAAGAAAGAACCCGGCCAACGCCACUCCUUCGGAAAAGGCUAAGCCAGAAGAACAGCCGAAAUCAGCGCAACACGUCAAGAGCAAUUUGGAUGACCAAGCUCAUAAACUAGCUCAAAAACAACAAGGAUGUGGGCACAAAACAAAAGUGCAUGUGAAAACAGGAGGUGACAGGGAGGCUGAAGAACUUUGUGAGGGUGAGUCUGAGCAGAAAACUGUGAAAAUACAGGCAGCAUAUGCUCCAGAAGAAGCUUCAUUUCAGGCAGUGGGAAUGCAAGCAGUCACUCCGAAUAAAACAGGAAAAAAACUUGGCUAUCAGAAAAAGAAAGAAAAUAUGAGCAUGAACAAAUUAAAUGCAGUGAAAGAAAUAAUGAAGGAUGAUAGUGACCAGGAAUGUCCUAGUGAAAAAGAGUACUUUGAUGACAGUACUGAAGAGAGGUUUUAUAACCAGUCAUCAGAUUCUGACAGUGACAGCAGCGAUGAUUUCUUCAUUGGCAAAGUAAAAAGAAAGAAAAAGGUAGCAGCAGUUGCUGAUCCUUCUUCAGCAAAAGAAAAGGACAGACUUCAGAAAAACAUAGUGAAGAAAGAAAAGAGCACAGCGCCUGGGACAACGCAAGAUUCGGCCGUGAGAGAGGGAACGCCACAUGCAAAAGCAAGCAAGAUAGAAUCAAUGUUCUGCAGUUCUUUGUCUGCCUCUAAUCAGAAAUCUCAAAACAUAAGAAGAAAUACUAAGGACCAGCCUUUCAAAAAUGGAAGAACAGCUCUUCUUAAAAAGGAACCACAGCACAAGAAGCAACCAUUUUCAAAAGCUGCGGACAAGAAGGCGGCAUGUUUGGAGCAGCCUCUUCAUCCGUCAUGGGAAGCAAGCAAGAGGCGGCGGGAACAAAUGUCUCAAAUUACAGCAUUCCAAGGGAAAAAGAUUAAAUUUGAUGACUAG